AUGUCCGACCGGGGAAACCAACAGCAUCUGCAUGAUCUCGCAGGUGUAAGCCGGAACGAUGACCCUGAUGCACCUUUCAUAGCCGGGCUCCAGUUCCAUGCCACGAAGAUCCUUCACCUCGUCAACAACGUUCAUCGAUCCGAAUGGCAGACAUACGUUCAGCACGGAUAUGCAACUUCCCUUGGCCCCGAUGCUCGCUGGCUUUACACGAGGGACUACCUUCGCACUCAUCUGCCAGAACAGUAUCAGUUCUUCCUCAAUCUACCCAGGGACGAUGAGUUGCUGCACGUAGAUUGCGAUAGGUUUCUCUGUGACGAAUUUGGCUUGUCGAUGGAAAUACUGUCAUGGAAACGCCGGUUGUGUAGACUGUACAACGAGCCAUGGAAGGAUCCCGUGAUAGCCAAAACGAGCAGCCGCCCAGUGCCUCUCGCGGAACUGGGGCCAGAUGAAGGUAACUGCAGCAUUUGCCGAAAGGAAUUCUCAACGAGCGACCCCGCCGUCAAGACCUUUUGCGGGCACAUUAUGGGGCGAGAGUGUCUUGACUUGUGGCAAACAUCAGGCCAAGCCAAUUAG